UCACGGCUCACAGACGGUAAAUUACAAAAUUAUGAUUUUGUUCCCUCAAUUGUCUCCAAAUCCCUGAACAAUCACAAAGUCAUUAGGGGUAAUAACGUCAUUUAAUACAUUUCAUCGUCUUCGACAUUGGUUAUCAGCUGAAGCCUAAAACAGAGGGAGGAGUCUGUAAAUUGGAUAUUUCCAAAUUGGCAACCACCAUUUUCUUCUUCGAUCAAUAUAGAACGAUAAUUUUAGAGUUAUUGUGUUUGCGGAAAUGGACGGUGGAUCUUGUCCUAGAGCUAAAUUCAAGCUCUACGAGCAGUUAGAAUUGCAAGAGUUUCAGGACAAGUUCGUGAUCAAAUCCGUCGAGGCUCCAUAUCAAGGCUUCUCGAUCGACCGCCGUGACGGGACCAUUGAACCACUUAAUGAAGGUGAUUCUUCUUCUUCUUCUGCAAGACCAACCAAAACCUCUACGAUAUAUGGUGUGGCGGGAACCAUCAGAUUGCUUGCAGGAAAUUAUGUACUUGUAAUAACUUCGAGGACCGAAGUCGGGGCCUUUCUUGGCUUCCCUGUUUACCGAGUAACCUCUAUGAAGUUUCUGUCCUGCAAUGAGGUUUUGAAGAAUUCAACUCUUCAAGAGAAAAAGGAUGAAGCUUACUUCAUGGCUCUGUUGAAAACAGUCCAAUCAACUCCAGGGCUGUACUUUUCUUACCAAACAGAUAUUACAUUAAAUUUUCAAAGAAGACAUAAGUUAAUGGAAGGAUGGAUGGCCAAACCAAUAUGGAAGCAGGCUGACCCUCGAUUUGUUUGGAACAGAAAUCUUUUGGACGAACUUAUUGAGUAUAAGCUUGAUGGGUUCAUUAUUCCUAUACUACAAGGAAGCUUCCAGGCUGCACAGCUUAAGCUAAAAGGCUCACCUGCCACACUUACAAUAUUCUCAAGGAGAUGUACGCGACGUCUAGGCACAAGAAUGUGGAGAAGAGGAGCUAACCUUGAAGGAGAUGUAGCUAAUUUUAUUGAAACUGAGCAGUUGGUGGAGUGUGAAGGUUUCAGGUCCUCAUUAUUGCAGAUUCGAGGUUCAAUUCCACUUCUUUGGGAGCAAAUUGUUGACUUGAGCUAUAAACCACAACUUAAAGUUAUUGAUCAUGAGCAGACGUCAAAUGUUGUGGAGCGCCAUUUCUUUGAUCUUUUCCAAAGAUAUGGAGAGAUAAUAGCUGUAGACCUAACUGAUAAACAUGGUGAUGAAGGUCAACUAAGCAUGGCAUUUUCUGCCGAAGCACAAAAUCUGCCAAAUGUGAGAUACAUUUCAUUUGACUUUCAUCAUGUCUGUGGGAACUCAAACUUUGAAAACCUAAAGCUUUUAUAUGAGCAAAUCUCGGAGCAAUUUGAAAAGCAAGGAUACUUGCUCAUAGAUGCGAAAGGAAGCAUACUGGAGGAGCAGAAAGGGAUUGUCAGAUCUAACUGCAUUGAUUGCCUUGAUAGGACGAAUGUUACUCAGAGUUACUUGGCUCAGAAGUCUCUAGAUGCACAGUUGCAGAGGAUUGGAGUGCUUGAUUCUUCUGAAUGCAUUUCUAUGUUUGCAGAAGAUUAUCAAAAAUUUAGAGCAUUGUGGGCUGAGCAAGGUGACGAGAUAAGCCUCGAAUAUGCUGGGACUUAUGCCCUGAAAGGGGACCUGGUUAGAUAUGGAAAACAGACAUUUGGAGGAAUACUGAAAGAUGGGAUGAGUGCUCUUUCAAGAUAUUAUUUGAAUAAUUUUCAUGAUGGCAUUCGGCAGGAUGCUAUGGAUCUUAUCAGUGGCCGCUAUACAGUUAGAAGGGAUGGUUCACCAUUCCAGACUGAUUCUUUUUCUUAUCUACCGGUGGCAUCAGCUUUGUUAAUUGGAGGUUUGACGCUGACAUCUGUAACACUUCAGCAAGCGGGGCGAAAUGCACAGCAAUUUAUGUCUUCUGUGCUUUGGGCUGGGGUGACUGCUGGAAUAGCGGCAGUGGUGAAAGCUAAUGGAAGGCAAUUCUGUUCUAGGCCUCGCUUGUGCAGACUUGUUUAACAACAUCAUUGUGAACUUCUUCAAAUGGAUAGUUUUGGAAAAUGGUGGAAAAUGUAAUACUAUGUUACUGUUGUUUUAAACCUUGUAAUUCAUGAGAUAUAUAUACAAGUUGAUUGCAAGCGGUUUAUGGUUAAACGUAAUUUAAGUUACUUAAAAA